CAACACAUCUCUAAAGAGAGACGCAAACAAGGCACUUCCACCACCCCACACAGGCUCCUCCUCCUAGACUUUGUUCCUAUUACUUAUCAGGCUAGGGGGGCAGAGUCCAGGCUUGACUCACCUCUCACUUCAUCAGGGCUAAGAUCUCAGCUUUAUACAGAAACAAGAUUUCAGCCUCAGAACAACAGAGAGAGACACACACAGCCCCAAAGCCACAGGGAGGCAGCUCACUUACUCGAUCCCUCUACCAUGGAGUACCUUUCAGCCUUGAACCCCAAUGGACUGCUGAGGUCAGUAUCCACUAUGGGCUCUGAAAUUGGCCGUAGGGUCUGGAACUCAGCUCCACCACCUCAGCGACCCUUCCGUGUCUGUGAUCACAAGCGGACGGUCCGGAAAGGACUGACUGCUGCCACCCGCCAGGAGCUACUAGAUAAGGUACUAGAGACCCUGCUCUUAAGCGGAGUGCUAACACUGGUCCUGGAGGAGGAUGGGACCGCCGUGGAGAAUGAGGACUUCUUCCAGCUGCUCGAGGAUGACACAUGUCUGAUGGUGCUAGAGCGAGGACAGAGCUGGAGUCCCAGGAGUGGGAUGUUGUCAUACGGCCUAGGACGGGAGAAGCCAAAACACAGCAAGGACAUCGCCCGAAUCACCUUUGAUGUGUACAAGCAAAAUCCUCGAGACCUCUUCGGCAGCCUCAACGUCAAAGCUACCUUCUACGGGCUCUAUUCCAUGAGCUGUGAUUUUCAAGGAGUUGGACCCAAAAAAGUGCUCAGGGAGCUCCUUCGCUGGACUUCCUCACUGCUGCAAGGCCUGGGUCAUAUGCUGCUGGGGAUUUCAUCUACCCUGCGCCACGUGGUGGAGGGCGCCGAGCGGUGGCAGUGGCAGAAGCAGACUCACCUCCAUUCAUAAUGAAAAAGUGACGGGAGCCGGUGCCCCGAGACCGCUCCCAUGAGACACGUGAGAGCUAUACGGCAUCAACAGAUUUGGGGUCUGCAGUGUACCCUAGGUAACUCACCUGACUCCAUCGUAACAGAACCUCUCAGCACACUGCCUUGGUCCUGUAGCCUGCACAUUCCUGAAGGAUGCUGCCUAUCUUACCUCCAUCCAUCUCCUGCCCUCUACUUAUCCUGCAGAACCACAACCUUGUCCCCUGGCAUGCUGAUCCCGCCAUAACUGCUGCUACAUCCAGGUUCUCACUGAUCCCUAUCCCUAAGACCCUGCACACCAAUGACUCAGUCCCCAGGUUCUCACUGAUCCCUAUCCCUAAGACCCUGCACACCAAUGACAGUCCCCAGGUUCUUACUGAUCCCUAUCCCUAAGACCCUGCACACCAAUGACUCAGUCCCCAGGUUCUCACUGAUCCCUAUCCCUAAGACCCUGCACACCAAUGACAGUCCCCAGGUUCUCACUGAUCCCUAUCCCUAAGACCCUGCACACCAAUGACACAGUCCCCAGGUUCUCACUGAUCCCUAUCCCUAAGACCCUGCACACCAAUGACAGUCCCCAGGUUCUUACUGAUCCCUAUCCCUAAGACCCUGCACACCAAUGACUCAGUCCCCAAGUUCUCACUGAUCCCUGUCCCUAAGACCCUGCACACCAAUGACACUGUCCCUAGCUUUACCUUGAGCUACCUUUCCCCGGAAAAUAAAAAUAUUACAAAGAAAAAUACAAAAA